UGGUAGGCUGGUAGCAGUCUUUCGUGGUAUAGUUUACAGAAAGCUACGAUACGUUACAGCUCAGUGUAUGUAUGUGUGUAAUAAAUAUGCAGUAGUGUGUGUUGUCUAUUGAAAACAGUUGAAAAUUGUCUUAGCACCGACUGAGUACCAAGUCACACAAGUGUCGGUUUUAUCAUACACAAUAGUCACUAUCACCAGUGAGAUUUAUAAUAUAUUAUAAUAAUAAAACCACUAGUCAUCAAUUGUAGUAAUUCAUAUAAAAUAAUCUAAACACUGAUACAUAUUCAAUACACACUAAUAAUAAUGUAUAGUAUAAAUUGUGUUGAUGGAUCCAUUGUGAUCCUUAAACAAAAUUCCAUAACAUCUAUUCAUCAUAUUCAUCGGUCAUAAGUUUGUGUGACAACAGUUUAAUAUAUACACGUAUAUUUAAAAUAAUAAUUAUCAUAUUUAUUAUUAUCAACAUCAAUAUAAAUAAAUAUUUAAAAUUUAAAACAAUUGUUUGUUUUUUAAUUAACUACUUAAGUGUAAAUAAGAUGUUACGAAAAUAAUCACGAGCUCAUGCUCAAAGCAUGUGCUUCAUCUAGACACUAAGUGUUAAUGUGAUAAAUCUCUGAUGGAUUAAAUAUAUAUUUACGUGUAUAUAUCAACAGGAGAAAAAGUGAGUGGCAAAGCGGGGGCGUAAAAAAAACGAGAGGUGUGUUCUAGCCUCCACCUCCUCCUUCUUCUUCUUAGACUGUGAUUCGCAAACUCAUAUACUAUUGUGACAGUUUUGUUUUUAUUAAUAUCAAUGUGAUCGUUUAUUUACAUCUAUAUAUUAGUAAAAGUAUAUGGAUUAAUUUAUUUAAAAUGCCUGGGUUAAUUGCGGUUAGUGAAUUUGUUGAGGAGACGAGGGAGGAUUAUAAUUCACCAACCACUUCGACAUUUGUAUCGCGGAUGCCACAAUGCAGACAAACUAUAACUGCACUUGAAGAGACCCUGGACUUUGAUCGUGAGGGUUUGACGAAGCUGAAGAAGGCGAUCAAAGCUAUUCACAACUCCGGAAAUGCACACGUGGACAAUGAGAUAUAUUUGGGCAGAGCCCUAGAAAAAUUAGGAGAUGCUGCACUCAAGGAACAAGAGCAUGAUAUUGGUGCAGCUUUCUUCAAAUUUGCUGUUGUUACCAAGGAGCUCAGCGCCUUGAUGAAGACUCUUAUGCAGAAUAUAAAUAAUAUUGUAAUGUUUCCACUGGAUUCAGUGCUGAAGGGCGACCUGCGGGGUGUCAAGGGCGACCUGAAGAGGCCAUUUGAAAAAGCCUGGAAAGACUAUGAGGCCAAGUACGCAAAAAUAGAAAAAGAAAAAAAACAGCAUGCUAAGGAAGCCGGUCUUAUUAGAUCGGAAGUAACACCAGCGGAGAUUGCUGAUGAAAUGGAAAAAGAGCGGCGUUUAUUUCAAUUGCAGAUGUGUGAAUAUUUAAUAAAAGUUAAUGAAAUAAAAACUAAAAAAGGGAUAGAAUUGCUGCAACAUCUUGUUGAGUAUUAUCAUGCGCAAACAAAUUAUUUUCAAGAUGGUUUGAAGACAAUUGAACAUUUUGGAUCCUACAUUGCGGAUUUGAGUGUUAAGUUACAAAAGAUAAGACAAACUCAAGAUGAAGAAAGAAGACGUUUAACUGAGUUGAGAAGUCUCUUGAGGAGUUCCGGUUGUGAUAAGGAAUUGAAUGCAAACGCCAGCGUGGGAUAUUCGCUUCAUCAGCUGCAGGGCGAUAAGCAGCACGGAGUCACUCGUUCCGGCCAUCUGUUAAAAAAAAGUGAGGGUAAAAUGCGACGUGUUUGGCAAAAACGUCGUUGCGCUGUUCAAGCUGAAGGUUAUCUUGAUAUUUGUCAUGCCGAUGAAAAUAAACCACCUACAAGAGUUAAUUUAUUAACUUGCCAGAUUAAAUUGGUACCCGAUGAUAAGCGUGGUUUUGAUCUCAUUAGCUACAGUAGAACGUAUCAUUUUCAAGCAGAAGAUGAAGCUGAUCAACGUGCAUGGAUGUCAGUACUCGUUAAUUGUAAAGAACGAGCUUUAUUAAAAGCUUUUGAUGCUAGUGGAAAAGCUGAAGCUGGUCAGGGUAAUCCUAGUCUUGUUGAACUUCAGCAAGCCAUUAUACGAUGUGUUCUAAGAUUAGAUGGCAAUGAUAAGUGCUGUGAUUGUUCAUCACAAAAUGAUGCAACGUGGCUGUCAACAAACUUUGGUAUAAUAGUUUGUAUUGAGUGUAGCGGCAUUCAUCGUGAUCUGGGUGUACAUAUAUCGAGGAUACAAUCGUUAACUUUAGACAAUGUUGGUACAUCACAAUUGUUACUUGCACGUUUUAUGACCAACCAAGCCUUCAACGAAGUUAUGGAGGCAACUUUAAAUCAUCAUCACAAGCCAACUCCAACGUCCACAAUGGAGGAGAGAUAUGAAUUCAUAAGAGCUAAAUAUGUCGAUAAAAAAUACGUAUUGAGGACUUGUGAAGAUGAACGAGAUCUAUUGUCUGAUCUUGAGCAUGCUGUUAACAAUAAAGAUCUCCAGCAUUUACUACAAGUUUAUGGUGAAAAGGUUGACCUGGCAGCUCCAUUACCUACUUCAGAUAUUGGGGAGACGGCUUUGCAUUUAUCAAUUUUACGUGAAAUAGGGGGUAAUUGCCUUCACAUCGUUGAUUUUUUAAUUCAAAAUAUGCCGACGGGUAAUAUAGACAAAGUUACAAGUGAGGGUGAAACGGCACUACAUCUUUCUGCAAGGCAUGAUCGAGCGGAAGCUAUGAAAUUGUUGUUACGCGCUGGCGCAGAUCCAACUCUACGAAACAAACAAGAAAAGACUCCGUUGGAUAUUGCCCAGGAAAUGGGUCAUCCAACUUGUAAAGAAUUGCUAAGCCAUGCAUUGCAACGACAAAAAACGUUGUUUGAUAACGUCAAUAUUGACUGGAAUUUAUCACACGAUGAGGGAUCGACUGACUUUUCUGAUGAUGAAACAAUAAUUGAAGAUCGAAAUGGAUGUUUAACACCUGAAAAAAAGUCACGUAGUAGGCCACCUUCUUAUGCCGGUGGCGGUGGAUCUGGUCCAGGAGAUUCACCGAUAACACUUCGAAGUAGAAGCAGCACUUGUGACAGUCUGCAAAGUGGCUCAUCGCCAAAUUCUAUGACAAGUAGACAGCAAAUGCCUCCACCACCACCUCCGCAGUCAAGGAAACCAGUCGUAGUUCCCAGUCCAAUGGGACCACCAGAGUAUAGUCUGGUGAAUAUUCAUGGGUCGCUAAAGAAACGUGUAGCACCACCUCCACCACCUGGAAACGGCGGGACAAUGCUGACAGCUCAUUAUGGAACUUUACCGUCAUCAGCAACUUUAGCGUGCUCCUCGCACAGUAGAACCACCAGCGAGCCCAUUCUUGCGGGUAACACAUUGCAUAGUCUGCCACAUUCAUUGAAUACUCUGAAUAGUCUGCAUCACAAAAGAUCACCCAGCGGUGAUUCAUCAGCCAGCCACACCAUGGAUAAAUCAAAUUCAUCGACGUUACAAAGACCAAGGAAUCCACCACCGCCUGCGCCUUCCGCCGGUAGCUCUGCAAGAUUAAGUAAUGGUCGUAGCAGUGAAUCCCUUAGUUCAAUGUGUUCUGAGCAUGGAAUAGGUAAUCCUGUACCUCCACCCCGGAAGCGAAGGGACCGAUCCAGACUUGAAAGCUACGCCGAGGAGCCCUCAUCUUUGCUCCCCAAUUUGAAUCUGCCAAUGACAUCAAGUUUAAAUGGAUUGCGUCGAUGCCGAGCGCUUUAUGAUUGCGAUGCUGAUAACGAAGACGAACUGUCAUUUCGUGAGGGAGAAGUUAUCAUCGUCAUCAACGAGAAUACGGAUGAUGAUAACUGGAUGGAGGGGGCAUUGGAAAGGGCGCCUGAUCGACGGGGAAUGUUCCCAAUAAGUUUUGUGCAUAUGCUGCAAGACUAACAGUCAGCUGCUUGUUAAAUACUUGUAAAUUUAAAUCACUGGAUCCUUUUUUUUUGUUUAAAUACACAACAGUUAUCUGCUUUUAUCAAUUUUUUUUCUCUCUACUCUGAUACAGAGUUCAGAGUUAUAUUAAAUGUGAUAUACAUAAAUAUAUGACUCAUAUAUAUUUAUAAUUUUAAUUAUUUAACUUAUCAAUCAAUGAUAAAAAAAAUAUAUAAAUAUAUAUACACAUGAUUAUCUUCAUUUCUAUUUAAAUAAAUAAAAUAUAAUGAUUAGUUCGAUAAAUAUUUUUGGAAUGAAAAAUAAAAAAACUACCAAAAAAAAAGUUGAGAAAAGAAAAGAAAAAUAAUUCAAAGUUGGCUUUUAAAUAUAAACUAAAAAAAUAUAUAAAAAUAUUGGCCGUUAAAUGAACAAAAAAUAAUUUUAAUUAAUAUAUAAAUCUAUAGAUGUAUUGCAUAAAAAAAAGUAUUAUUAGAAAUUAUUUAUAUAACUACAAAAAAGACGUAAUGAAAAAAAAAUUUUGAAUUUUUUUUUUAUUUGCCAUAAAUGUCUAGUUUGUAGAUAAAGUAAAGAAAGAUAGAAGCAUGUAGUAAUUAAAUUUUAGUCAUUAGAUUCUUUAUUAACUGUAGAUAAUUAUUAUAAUUAAUAUUGUAAGGACGUAAAAUGUAAAUGGUAAAUGUUGAUGUACUCAAGUUGAUUAAUAAUUUGACUUGUAAUACGUGAGACCAAAGAAAAUUCGAUUAAAGUUUAUUAAUCAACUGGUAUGGGUUUCGUGGUAGUGUAAAUAUAUUAAUUGUGUACAUAUAUAUCUAUAUAUUUACUUAUUGGAUGAGCGUUUAUAACGCGAUAAACUUUUAUUGUUUGAUAGUUUUUUUUGUUGGACACAAAAUUACUAGAAUAUGCAAUUAAAUGUCAGACUAUUUAUCAAUCAAUAAUAUUAGCUGUUCAAACAGCAAUUACAUGUCAUAUUUAAAAUAAAUGUCUUUUAAAUAAUAAUAAUAUAAAAGAAUAAUGAUAAUAUGAAAUAUUUUUAUUAAGUAUUUGCAAGACAAUUUUAUUUUAUUUUAAAUUACAUCGCCUGAGUAUUUGAAAUACAUUAAUAAUUAUUAUUAUUAUUAUGUUGUGAAUUUAAAAAUUUAUUAAUAUAUUCAAUAUUUGUAUUGUAAACAUUUAAAUUUAUCACAUUAUCUUUUAAUAAUUAGUUAUUAAAUUAAAUGUUCGAAAUAAAAAAAGCGAACAAGUCAUAUACUUAAUUAGAAGGCUGAAAUAAAAUGAGUGUGAAUGUAGCAGACAUGAGACAACUUAUAAAUUUUAAAUAAACAAAUUCAUCAAUUAAAAUAAUGAAAUUUAAAAAAAUGCGCGUACUAAUUUUUUAAAUAUUUAAAUACGCAAUUUUUAAAUUUUAGUUCUAUUUACACUUUAUUUAUUUAUUCAAAAAUUUUUAAAAUUGCCAAUUGUCAGUUACAUUUACACUCAUGAAAUAAACUAAAUAAAAAUGAAUCAAUUAAGAAAACGGCAUAAUUAUUUAUAUACUAUCAUUAAUAAAUUAUGUAUUACUAUUUGAUAGAUGUCAGUCACCGUUGAUAAUUGUGCACAAUAAAUCUUUUGAAAAUAUUAUAUGAAGAAAAAAAAACUAUCACAGUUUGGUCAUUAUCAAAUUUAAUUAAAUAAAAAUUAUUUAGAGAAA